AGUCCUCUGUCUCUGCUUCUUAGCAUACACACACACAGAGAGAGAGAGAAAGAGAUCGAAAGCAAGGAAAGGAGCGUGAGAGAGAAAGUAGAAGGAAGGGAAAUUUUAAAAAACACACACACACACAGGACGAGAGAACCAUCGCAGCACCUGUGCAGUGAGCUGAAGGCGAACAGGGAAUUUCAGAGUGAAUGUCUAAAGUUUAAAUCGAUCACAUCGAAGGCUGACUGUGAAUCCAAUCCAGCCCUAUAUCGGCUUUAGGGUGCUGCUGGAGAAUGCUUUUUGCAAAAGGAGGCAGAACUGAAAUGUGUGACUGAGCAGCAAUUUUUUUUUUCUCUGCCUGAACCGAAGAGGAAAUCGCUGCAAACACUGAGAUUUGGAGCUAACAGUUUGAUACCUUGGGACAGCGGGACUAUGGAAGUGAAUCUCUUGUCAUCACCUGGGACCUGCAACUUCGACUUUUAAGGCAUCGUUUUACUUGAUGGGACAUCAGACUUGCAAAUCCCCGAGUGUCCAGUAGAUAACUUCCCCGUCUCCACUGCCCAACAACGAUUGGGAAGAGUCAAAGGGAGAGGAUACACACGCACAUUGUUGAAGAUAAUAGCUCGUCCUCCAUCGUCAUAGACCAGACUUCGUUGAGAGCAGUGGAGUACCCACCACUCACCCCCAGAAAUAGUUCAUGGAAACCGGUUGAGUUGACUAAGUUUUACUGUGGGCAGGGGGUGGGGGGGCUGCCGAUUGCCCCGGAUUGUCGACUGAGCGGCGUGCGUUUUCAGGCGAUGGGUGUGUCUGAGUUACACAGAUUUGCAACAGUGAUGGCCUGAGGAUUCCCCUCUCCCCCUCACCCAAUCCCGAGGAAAAUGUGCAACAUCAGCGAUGAGAGCUGCGACGUGGACUCGAGGUUGGACAGCCUCUUCCCCCCGACUUUGUACAUCUUUGUCAUCGUCAUCGGGCUCCCAACCAACUGCCUGGCACUGUGGGCGGCCUACCUGCAGGUCAAGCAGAGGAAUGAGCUGGGCGUCUACCUCCUCAACUUGUCCAUCUCUGACCUCCUCUACAUCGCCACCCUGCCGCCGUGGAUUAACUACUUCCUCCACCAGGAUAACUGGAUCCUGGGGCCGGAAUCCUGCAAGCUCUUCGGCUUCAUCCUCUACACCAACAUCUACAUCAGCAUCGCCUUCCUCAGCUGCAUCUCGGUUGAUCGCUACUUGGCCGUAGCCCACCCGCUGAAAUUCGCCAAGAUCCGUCGGGUCAAGACGGCGGUCAUCACCAGCCUGGUGGUCUGGACAAUCGAGAUUGGGGCCAACUGCGCCCCGCUCUUCCACAACGAACUCUUCGAAGACCGCUUCAACCACACGUUCUGCUUCGAAAAGUACCCCAUGGAGAAGUGGGUGGCCCAGAUGAACCUCUACCGCGUUUUCAUCGGCUUCCUGUUCCCCUGGAUCUUGAUGCUCUUCUCCUACCAGGGCAUCCUGAAGGCCAUCAAGGGCAACUUGUCCACCGAGAAGGGGGAGAAGGUGAAGAUUAAACGCCUGGCCCUCGGCCUCAUCGCUAUCCUCCUGCUGUGCUUUGCGCCGUACCACAUUAUCCUCCUCCUGAGGAGCGUCAUGUACCUGAGCAGGCCCUGGGACUGCAGCUUCGAGGAGAACAUUUUCACGGCCUACCACGUCUCGCUGGCCCUGACCAGCCUCAACUGCGUGGCCGACCCCAUCCUUUACUGCCUGGUGAACGAGGGCGCCCGGAGUGACAUGACAAAGGGCCUGGCGCCACUCCUGAAAUUCUUCGCCAGCCCCAAGUCGACGGAUAUUGCCCGCUCUGUCACCCUGGACACCCCCCUCUCCUCCAAAAAAUCCCAAUAUUUCAACAUUGAGUUGGUGGUACUGCGGGACGACUGCAUUCAAAUGAAGACUUUGAGUAUAUGAAGAACGAAAGACUGGAAUGAAAUCCAAGGGUUGAACAUUGAUGUAGUAUUGCUACCGUCAUAAAUGUAUUUUUAUAACAGUCCGGUAUGCGGCAAUGAUUUUUUUUAAGAGAAAACACCUUAUUUAAAUCAUUCUGAACUGCUGAGUAACCACCCUCCGUCCCAUCAGGCCUCAUUUUCUCUUCUUCUGUUGUUGAGGUUUAGUUUGUCUCCUUCUCUCUUGCUGUACUUCCUGUGCACACUGGAGGGUGAGGAGUGCAUAGGAUUGGCCAAAAUGGUUGCCACGUCGACCCCAAGAGGUACCAACUACGGUUGAGUGGAUUCCCAGAGCUUUCACCUCAGGAUCUCUCCAUCCGCCAAUGGCCAACCAGCACCUCCAUUGGGGGAGGGCAACUGGGCAUUGCUAAGAGAUUCUUGGCCACCCAACUGGAUGAUGCUUGUCCAUCAGGUGAGCUGCCUUUCUCCGCCCCCACCACCCUCAUGGGAGGUUCCUCCGGGGUCACUCCCAAUGGCAACCCUGGGGAUUAAUCCCCAAUUCCCGGAGCCUCCAGCUCAGGGGAGGAUCAGCAACUCUGUCCCCCCUGUCUACAAUCUGAUGACCAUUGCCAUACCCUCCGUCUGGGCACUCUGUCGAAAUGGAGGUGUGCAGUGGGAAAACUGUACCCCACCCUAAAAAUAUGGGCAGCUCCCAUACCCAGUCACGUCUGUUCAUCAGCAAAACAGUUUAAACCUCUUGACGUGUUUGGUUAAGAUGUCAAAAUGGAUUGAAGAUCGGCCUUGCAUAACUAUUCUUUGCUUUAAACUCUUUCACAGGAUGUGCACAUCACCGGCUAGACCAGUAUUUGUUGCCCAUCCCUAAUUGCCCCCCCUCGAGAAGGUGGUGGUGAGCUGCCUUCUUGAACCGCCGCAGUCUGUGUGCCAUAGGAGGCGCCCU